UUCACCCCCACCGACAGCUCUCCCUCCCCUUUCUCCCUCCCCUUCAAAGUUUUCUUAGGUGUGAGGAGAGGGGUUGGGGAGGAAGAGGGUCCAGCCAGCCCCCGUCCUUACCCUCUCCCUGUCUAACUUACCCCCGCCUCCCUUCCCCUCCAUCCCCUGCGCGCCGCUGCCCCUCCGGAGCUGCGCUCCAAACUGACAAUUGGAGCGCGGCUCCUUUAAGAGCCCGGCUUUGCCUCCCGGUAGCUGAAGGUCAUUAAACGCAAAAGCUCUCAGCGCUGCGGUCCAAUAUAGCGCAUGCGCCCUGCCCGAGGACUGGCAGAGAGACGGCAAUAUGGCGAGAAUGCCUGGCAGCGGGGACUGUAACACCAGCGCGGGCGGCAGCGCCAGCGCCGCCGCCGCCGCCGCCGAGAACAAUGGGGAGCGGGGCGAGGGCGAGCGCGGUGCGGGGGGCCGCGGCCGCCGCCACGGCCGCCCGCACUACUGCAGCGCGGGCGAGGAGGAGGAGGAAGAGGAGGAGGACGACGAGAUCCAGGAGGUGCAGAUAACGGGGGACGAGGAGGAGGAGGAGGAGGACGGAGGUGGGGGGCUGGAGGAGGACGAGGAGGAGGAAGAGGAGGAGGAGGAGAUGGGGCUGGACUGGGAUGAGCCCCUGGAGCCCGAGGACUCGGCCGGGGAGGAGCUGGAACCCGAGCCGGUCCAUAUGAUCAAUAUGGACCAGAGCGCCGCGCUGGAGCCCGAGGCGCCGCCGCGAUUGCUGGCGCCCCGGGCCCGCGGCGGGCCGCCCGGGGACAGCGCCGAGUUGGACCCCGACGUGCUGCAGCGCCCCGAGCGGGCCCGGCUGAGCGAGAACACCCGGCUGGCCACCCGCUACGCCGUGCGCAUCUUCCGGGAGUACCUGAGCGAGAAGGCGCAGAGCCCGGACUUCGAGACCAUGGACAAGGGGGCGCUGUGCCGCGUGCUGCGCUCUUUCUACGCCGAGGCCCGCUCCAAGAGCGGCCAGCUCUACAGCAAGUCGUCGCUCAUCAGCAUCCGCAGCUCCCUCAACCGCUACCUCAACGAGCCCCCGUACUGCCGCACGCUCGACCUCACCAAGGACCCGGAGCUGCGCAGCGCCAACCUGACGCUGGCCGCGGUCAUCCGCAAGCUCGAGGAGCAGGGCGCCGGGCCGGUGGUGCAGAAGCAAGCCAUCACGCGUGCCGACCUGCGCAAGCUCUACACCUCCAGCGUCUUCAGUACCAACACGCCCUUCGGGCUGCUCAACAAGGUCUGGUUCGAGACGUGCAUGUACUUCUGCACGCGCGGCCGCGAGAACCAGCGCGAGCUGGAGGAGGACUCCUUUGGGCUGGCUAUGGACGAGGACGGCCGCAAGUUCGUCUACUUUAAGUCCCUCGGGCCCUACCACAAGUCGCGCUCGUCGUCGUGGAGCAAGAAGCGUGCAGAGAGCAGCGACGAGGAGAACUUGCCCCGCAUGUACGAGACGGGCACCGAGUUCUGCCCCUACGCCAGCUUCGUGAAGUACCUGUCGAAGCGCAACCCACUCUGCAAGGCGUUCUUCCAGCGGCCCCGGGACCACUGCAGCGAGGGCGAUGUGACCUGGUACGAGAACAAAGCCAUCGGCAAGAACUUGCUGGGCACCAGGAUGCAGAUGCUCUCGAAGGCGGCCAAGCUCUCCAAGACCUACACCAACCACUGCAUCGGCGCGGUCUCCAUCGCCACGCUCAACAGCAUCGCUGGCAUCGGCACCAAACUGGGCUCGCCCGCCCCGCAGGGCUGCUACGCGGAGGCUCUGAACGGGGCGGCUCGGCACCACUCCCACCACCCCCCCACCCAUCCCUCCCACCACCACCGCCCCCAGCCGCCCUCGCUGGGGAACACCUAUAUCCUCCCCAAAGACAGCCAGGUCGGGCCCGACGUGAAAUCCGAGGCUGCGCCCAAGCGCGCUCUGUACGAGUCCGUGUUCGGGUCGGGGGAUAUCUGCGGCCCCUCUUCCCCCAAAAGACUUUGUAUCCGCCCCUCGGAGCCUGUGGAUGCGGUGGUGGUGGUUUCCGUGAAACACGACCCCCUGCCUCUUCUUCCAGAAGCCAAUGGGCACAGAAGCACCAAUUCUCCCACAGUAGUUUCACCUGCUCUUGUUUCCCCCACCCAGGACAGUCGACCCAAUAUGUCAAGACCUCUGAUCACUAGAUCUCCUGCAUCUCCACUGAACAACCAAGGCAUUCCUACUCCAGCGCAACUCACAAAAUCCAAUGCGCCCGUCCACAUUGAUGUGGGCGGUCACAUGUACACCAGCAGCCUGGCCACCCUCACCAAAUACCCCGAAUCAAGAAUCGGAAGACUUUUUGAUGGUACAGAACCCAUUGUUUUGGACAGUCUCAAACAGCAUUAUUUCAUUGACAGAGAUGGACAGAUGUUCAGAUAUAUCUUGAAUUUUCUACGAACAUCAAAACUCCUCAUUCCUGAUGAUUUCAAGGACUAUACUUUGUUAUAUGAAGAAGCAAAAUAUUUUCAGCUUCAGCCCAUGUUGUUGGAGAUGGAAAGGUGGAAGCAGGACAGAGAAAGUGGUCGCUUUUCAAGGCCCUGUGAGUGCUUAGUGGUGCGUGUCGCCCCAGACCUUGGAGAAAGGAUCACACUCAGCGGUGACAAAUCCUUGAUAGAAGAAGUAUUUCCAGAGAUCGGCGACGUGAUGUGUAACUCCGUCAAUGCAGGCUGGAAUCACGACUCAACGCAUGUCAUUAGGUUUCCACUGAAUGGCUACUGUCACCUCAACUCGGUCCAGGUCCUCGAGAGGUUGCAGCAGAGAGGAUUUGAAAUCGUGGGCUCCUGUGGAGGAGGAGUGGACUCGUCUCAGUUCAGCGAGUACGUCCUGCGACGGGAGCUGAGGCGGACGCCCCGCGUACCCUCUGUCAUCCGGAUAAAGCAGGAGCCUCUGGACUAAAUGGACAGAUUUCUUAUGCAAAGAGGAAAAAAAGAAAACCGUACACAACAAAUAAACAAACAAACAAACAAAAAGGGACAUUUAUGUGCAGUUGGGACAGCAAACCAAGUCCUGGACCUAAAAUUGAAUAAAAAGACACAUUUAUAUCCAA